GCGCCACAGCUGUUUCUGCCGGUUUUAUAACAACUUCUUUGGCUGUUCCUUUUGUUUUGACCACUUUUUGACUGGAAAAUGUCUAUUUUACUGCAGGGCGUUGCGAAAUUCACGCGUCACAUCACCCGUCCUCUCGUAUCGUCUAGACAUUUUGCCCUGGAAGCUCCAUUUGGCGAUGGAGAUGAGGUUCUGGUGGAGCGUUUGGAGGGACCCCGGAAGGGAAUCUCUGUGAUUGGCCUUAAUAGGCCGGCAGCUAAGAACUCCUUCAGUCGUGGCAUGGUGGAGACCUUUACUGACGUCCUGGAGGAGAUCAAGAGGGACAAUGGAUCAAGGGUUGUGGUUCUACGGAGCCUCACCCCCGGCAUUUUCUGUGCCGGUGCGGAUUUGAAGGAACGCAAAGACAUGACCCCUGAGGAGGCCACCGAGUUUGUAAAGACCCUGCGGUCUCUGCUCAUCAGCAUUGAGCAACUGCCCAUGCCCGUGAUUGCCGCCCUGGACGGCGCUGCUUUGGGCGGAGGCCUAGAAAUGGCCCUGGCCUGUGAUAUUAGAACAGCAGCAUCGAACACGAAAAUGGGUCUGGUGGAAACGAGGUUGGCCAUCAUACCUGGAGCCGGUGGUACCCAGCGUCUUCCCCGCAUCUUAUCGCCCGCGUUAGCCAAGGAGCUCAUCUUUACGGCACGGGUCUUUGACGGAACAGAGGCCAAGGAACUGGGCUUAGUCAACCAUGUAGUACAACAAAACGAAACCAAAGACGCCGCCUACCAACAGGCUCUGAAAUUGGCCGAGGAAAUCCUCCCCAACGGACCAGUUGGUGUGCGCAUGGCCAAGUUGGCCAUUGACAAGGGCAUGCAGGUGGAUCUGACCACCGGCUACUCCAUUGAGGAGAUCUGUUACUCGCAGGUGAUACCCACCAAGGAUCGCCUUGAGGGUUUAGCGGCCUUUGCCGAGAAGCGAAAGCCCGUUUACAAAGGAGAAUAGCUACUGAAAAUGAGAGGACACACCUAACUUUAAGCUGAAGAUUGCAUUUAUAUAUUAAUUUGAUACUAUUAUCGAAAAACACCCAUGCGGCAUAGCCCAGUUCAAUUGUUUUUAAAUAAAAAGC